GUUCAGCUGAUGAGCUAGUUAAAUCCACUGAUCCUUUGCAUCCAGCUAAUUUAAUUCCUGAAUUAUGUGAGAAUAUGUAUCGUCAAGGCUGGGUAACAGGUACUGGUGGUGGUAUCUCGAUAAGGGAUGAAUUAAAAGCUUAUAUUGCACCAUCAGGCGUACAAAAAGAACGUAUAAAACCAGAGGAUAUGUUCGUAUUGACGGUUAAAGACCGUAAAAUAAUAAGGGCACCUGGUAGAGGUUUAAAAGAGUCCGCCUGUACACCGCUCUUCUUCAAUGCUUUCAAUAUCAGAGGUGCACUUAGUUGCAUACAUACACACUCACAGAACUGUGUAAUGGCUACAUUACUUUGGGGAAAGGAAUUUAGGAUAUCACAUCAAGAAAUGAUCAAAGGUGUUCGCAAAGCUGGUAUGACUGAUGCUUUGACUUACUUGGAUACUCUUGUUCUUCCGAUCAUUGAGAAUACACCAAAUGAGGAGGAUCUAAUGGAAGGAAUGGCAGAGGCUAUGAGAAAAUAUCCUGACGCGCCUGGUGUACUCGUUAGAAGACAUGGUAUAUACGUUUGGGGUCCAACUUGGGAGAAAGCAAAAGCGCAAACUGAGUGUAUUGACUACCUCUGUGAACUUGGAGUGAAGAUGCGUCUAGCUGGAAUGAGAACAGUUCCAGAUGAAGGUGAAGUUAUCGUACCGUAGACAAUUAGCUUGUAAUUAAGAAUUUAUAAAUAAGAAUACUAAAUUUU